CUCGUACCUGCAGCUUUAACCAUAAGCCAACCAUAAGCCAACCCUUACGUGCGUUAAUCUGACCCGGUCUGAUAGGCUACAAGACGUGGCUCAAUCGUAUUCCGCUGCCUGUCCUCCAAUCUGCAUCUGUUCCUUGCUGUUUACCCUCGUCAGCUUUUGGCAUUUGUUUCAAGCCCUUCCAGGUCUCUUUGGUCAACGAGUCUCUUGACCAAGUCCAACAGGGAUAUUUACAGGCCUACAAUAUGCGGCGCUCAUUAUCAACAAGCCUGCCAUGAACGGGUCGCCUCAUGGCUACUCUGAGUCCCCCGAGAAAUCCACCCCAUUUCCCAAGGUCGACGAUGAGCAGGGCGGCCAAGACAAAGAGCAAAAGGAUGCCGCCAAGCUCAAGAAGCGAGGCGAUGGGCACAAGAGGACCACCUCCGGCAGUAUUCUAUCACGACUAAGCUUCUUGCGGACAAACAGCGACAUAGCCAAGAGUGACGCCGCCGAUCGAGAUGACACCGACGAUUCUCACCACGGACGCGGCGCGAUGGCCGAGGCGCACUCUCAGACAAAGAGGAAGAGGAAAGGGUCGUUGAGAAAAACAGUGCUGGGAAAAGGACGAGACAGGAAGAACUCUGACAACAAGAAAAGUCCAUUGUCCAGCGCCGAUUCACCUAAACCGCAGGCGACUGAGGAAGAACAAGCGCCUGCAACACCUCGAGCAAGUCAAGAACUACAGAAUCCUGUCUCUCCCGACUCCCCACCAUCGUGGCCAUUUCGUACCCUUUCUCGGGUCUCGAUCCCCUCAAUACGCAGUAGUGUUGCCUCCAUCGACCCAGCCUCCUCCACUGCAUCCAUUACGAGUCCGACCAUGGCGACUGAUGCUUCAACCGACGACGAGGACCUUGUGUUGCCGCGCAUGCCCGUCUUGCGCAAACUUCCUUCGGUGGCGUCUUCGAUUGGCGACUCAUACUUUCCACUGCAGGACCCCGUCCGACGAGGGUUCGCAGGUUUUGCAUCUCGCACUCGCUCACCGCUCGCAACCCAACCGCAAUCCAUUGCGGGCACUCCUACGGACGACGAGGGGUGGAACUACUCCGAGACCGCCUUUUGGGGCUACGUGAUUUUGAUCGUAACAUGGAUCGUCUUCGUUGUCGGGAUGGGCUCUUGCUUCGGCAUUUGGUCCUGGGCUUGGGAUGUCGGAGAGACGCCGUAUGCACCACCAGAGUUAGAGGAUGAUCCCACGCUGCCAAUCGUAGGGUACUAUCCUGCUCUACUGGUGUUGACGUGCGUGAUGGCAUGGGUUUGGGUCGUUGUGGCCUGGGUGGGCAUGAAAUACUUCAGGCAUGCGGAUUUUAAAGGGGAUGAUGGGUAAAUUUUGAAACGAUAAUCGCAAGCUGUCCAUGUCCGGGACGUAACGACUCUCUGAACUUUUCCCUUUUGGCACUAUAUGCCUGCGAGGCAGUCCAGUCUGUCCGUACUCCGUGUCUGCCCAUUC